UGCCUUGUGGUGCCUUGCGACGCUUCGAGCGCGGAACGACGUGGAAUUCGGUGUUGUUUGGGUUUUCGAAUUUAUAUUUGAGACUGUUUGAUACGUACAGCUGCGCGAUGGCGUCCGGCGGUUGGGAAGUCGUUGGUAAAAGCAAGAAGGAGAAAGGCAACGCGAAGAAUAAUAAACUGACCAAGACGGAGAAGAAAAAGUUUAUAGAAAAUGCUCCGAAGGUGGAGGACUUCCUACCGCUGAGCCAAGUUAAGACUUUGUAUGUUAAUUUGGAUGGAAACAAGGAGAACAAAAAGCCAGUUAAGGAGAAGGAAAGCAAGACCAAAGAGAAUGAGGAGAAGAAAAAGCAACAGCGACAGCAGCAGCUACAGCAGCAACAACAGGCUGAUAAAAAGAAAACUGAGCGGAAAGAAAAACCUCCAAAAACUAUAGAGGAAGCUGUUAAGAGGAUUGAUGCAAACGAACUACAGAACUUAUUGGACACCGAUCAAGUUCGUUUUCCUGAUGCUCCAUUAAUUUGGUUGAAGGAUCUUCUUGCAUUUUUAAAUGUCAAGAUACCCGUAGAACGCGAUGAUCCAUUAUUUUCGGACAAACCUGAAAAUUAUCCCCUUUGUGUGCUGCCUAAUUCAAUCAAGUCUACAUUGGAAAGAGCUUUGGAAGCUGCUGGAACACAAAACACUCAACUUUUUUAUGAAGUUACACUUAUAUCCAUGGCCAGUGACAUAAUGAAAGGCGUACCAGUUGUAGGAUGCAAGAUCUUUUUACAACUUAUGGGAUACCAUUGGCCUGAAAUAGCCUUGGUUAAUGCUUCAAAGUUAAUCAGCCUAAGAAAUUCAUACCAAAACAGAAAGUCAAUUGGCCUUUCGUUCAUAUGGACAAUUUUACAGAGUGGUAGGAAGGAUUUGAGUAUAGGCUUGAAAUUAUGGCAUGAAGUAAUGGCACCUAUGAUAGAAAUGAAAAGUUAUGCAGUUCACGUUGCAAAGAUUUUGAAUGAUCUAAUCUUCAUAUAUGGCAAUACAAAAGAUAUUAGUGCAGAUCUGUACUUCACUAUAAUUGAUGACGUAUAUUCUGGAAAAUUUAAUGUUCCCGUUUCGGUAGAAAAGGAUAUUUUAUCCGCUACUAAUGGUUUGAGAAACCUCAUGCUCAAAAAUGGAAACAUAAAUCAUGGAAGAUUAUUUGAUACUUUACUUGGCAGAUUAGUAAAUGGGAAGAAAACAAGCGUCUCUUACAGGGAAGAAAUUCUGAAUUCGUUAGCCGCUUGCCUUUCUAAAGAUGUGAAUUGCUAUACCGUAUGGAAAUCUGUCUAUGCGAAACACUUGUACCAAUCGAACCUUUUGCUCAAACAUCUUGAGUCCAAUUGGGAUAUUCUGUAUCCAAAUUUGAAGACUAAAGCUCUGAGCGAAACCCUCUCUGCUUUCCAAACGUACAAUGAGAGUAAAACAAAGUCAAAGGGAAGGGACGAGCACCUUGGCGCGUGUGCUAAACAAUGCGAGAUAUUGACGAGAAAAAUGACGGUAUCGCAACGACGCUUCCCCUGGAAAAAAGGAAGCUUACUAUUGCUGGUCCUUAUCGGAGCCGUUCUCGCGUUUGACUGUCAAAGGCAUGGCUCAUUCAAAGCUUCUAGCACCGGAAGAUUCCUAAAGGAGAGCGGAGCCAUAGAGCACGCCCAGAGAGUCUGGUCCACAGCAAAGGUUUAUUCCAAUUCAGGACUGGAAUUUAUAGAAGCUAGUUCGCCAGAAUAUUAUAAGAUCGCCGUUACUUGGAGCUCGUCCUAUGUCAAGUUGUUUGGGGACGUGUAUUUGGUCAUUAGGAAUAUUUCCGGAGAGUUGUAUAAUAACACCGUGGAAUAUGUGCAUAUAAAAGGACCUGAGAUUGCGGCAAAGAUCGAUCAUUAUAUUCCUGGGGUACUGGAGGACUUGGACGGAUAUAGAGUUCGAGUGAUAGAGCUUAUUAAAACGUAUUCCGCCGUGAUUGCAGAUGGGGUGGUUGAACAGUCAAGGAUACUAUUCCAAUGGCUAGAAAGCAAUGUGUUUACGGGUAAAUUGAGUGCAGAAAAUCUCCAAAGUUAUGCCACUCGAGCGAUCGACAAGACGCAUACACUUGCCAGUCAGACAUACGACUGGGUUUACGAAAAGGUGCAGACAUUCUCGAAAGUUCAAUGAAGCGCAGCUUUUACCAACGUGUGACCAACGACGAUUCUGUCGAUAAUUGAAACUCCUCCAUACCUCAGCAUUUAUUCUUUAGACACUGGAGUCAAAAGGUUGCGCAUCUUCAAAGAACAUUGCAACAGCCAUUUUUCCCUGUGAUACUUUGGAAGAAUUUAGAAUCAAGAAAAUAUUUUGUUUCAAGAAGUAACAAGAACAAUUUUGUUAAGACAGUCGAUCGCCAGGUGCGACAAUGUAUCAUGUUUAACCCACAAGAUUUCGACAAUUUAUAAACUGCGAUUCGGUCACUUUAACUUUGUGACAACUUGCAAUCGGCAUCAAUUCGAAACAUAGUAUUUUGUAUAUCUGUUCAUGUAUUAUGUUUGUGGGUUGUAGCAUAUUAACUGAGUAAAAAUAAAAUAAAUACUUUUCUCAAAA